AUGAUGAGAAGACUUUAUUUUGUCUAGUAUAUUACUUUAUUGGAUAAAUUUUUCUUGAGUGCUUUAGGAGGCCUAAAAUUGGUUUUAGUUGCGAAAUUAUCGAUUAAAAGUUAACUUAAAUCCACCUAAAAUCUUAAAUGGCUUGUAUUUUUCUAAGACUCUUUGCAAUAUCUGGAUUAAUCAAGGAAAUUGAUGUGAGAUCAAUCUUCUAAUAUUGAUUUAAGGAAAAAGAAUGACUUUGUAUUUGAAUUGGAAUUACCUAAUUGCGCAAUUUAAGAUAAUGAAAGAAAUGCUUAGAUUAAGUAAGCACAGCUUGAAAUUACUGAUCCAUUUUCAAAAAGAACUUUACAAAUCUAAUUUUGA